AUGAGCCGUGGCACCACUAAUGACAAGCACGCCCACACUGCCCAUACCAUUGACCCUGACACUGCCCACACCAUAGACCCUGACACCGCCAUGCCUGGUGAAGACACUGGCAUUGGCUCUCCAUCCAUGUCCCAGCCACCACAUGUUCAAUCGGCGUCUGAUGUCAAUCUAUCCCUGACACAGCCUACACAGGCUGGAUUUGACAAUCCCCUGAGUGGUAGAACCUCUGGCGACACUCUGCCCCUGAGUGAGCCCACACAAGCUCAAUUUGGCAGACUCAUGAACCAUGGAAGAUCUGGUAGAGAUCUCCCACUUGUGGCUCAAGCCCAGUUGAAUGCAACUGUGAGUGGUGAGAGCACCACCAUUGGUGGUCCGCCCGUCAAUGAGCCCGAACAAGUUCAAGUUGAUGGCUUCGCGGCUUAUGAAACGUCCGACGACGACCAUCCAUUCACGGAUGAAGACGGACCGGAUAUCUUUGAGAUUUGGGACAGCUUAUGCACAGCUUACAUCGCGAAUCAGUCUAUGCGACUCUCGUCUGGCACUUUCGUGCAAAAUGGAGAGAAUGAUCCCAGUCACCCACCCCUGUCUUCCAUCUUGAAGGCUGCUUUUACCUUGCAUACUGCUUCUACCUCGAAUGCUGCUUCUACCUUGGAUGCUGCUUCGAUCUUGGAUGCUGCCUCUACCUUGAAUGCUGCCUCCUUGGAUGUUGCUUCCUUGAAUGUUGCUUCUAUCUUGAAUGCUGCUUCCUUGAAUGCUGCUUCUACCUUGAAUGCUGCUUCUUUGAAUGCUACUUCGACCUUGGAUGCUGCUUCGACCGUGAAUGCUGCUUCCUUGAAUGCUGCUUCUACCUUGAAUGCUGCGUCUUUGAAUGCUUUUCCAUGGAAGGAUAUGGACUUUGGUGUUACUUCUCCCAUGAACCAGCCUGCACAAGUUCAGUCUGAUGAAUUCCUGGCAGAUGGUGCAGAUCAUAGCACUAGUCACCAAUUCACGGCUCAGAUGCAACCCAAGAGCCGGCCUGAAACUCCCAUGAGCGAUGGAGGCUCCAGUGUGACUCUUGUCCUCGACGACCAUGCACAAGUUCGCUCUGGAACCCCCAUGAGCGAUGGAGGUUCUAGUGUGACUCUACACACUGGCGAGCCACGUUUUCGGUCUGACACUCCUAUGAGUGACAAUAUGGACGAUGACAUGAGCGAUGACAUCGACGAUGACAUCGACGAUGAUGGCUUUGAAGAUGACAUAGGCGAUGAGAUGUGGGAUGAAAGGAGCGAGGUCAUCAUCGAGGAUUUGUGGGAAGAACUGCGCGAUGGCAAGGUGGUAGAUUUGGCGGAUGAGGUGAAUGCUGCCACGAGUGAUGCCAUGGAAGAUGCCGUGAGCGAUUGCAUAUACGAUGCCGAUGACGCCCAGACUGAGAACAUGGGUGAUAAUGGAGGUGAUGUGAGUGAUGAGAUGCAUGAUGCAUCUGAUAGAAGUGGCUUGAGCGAUGGAAGCUCUUGGACCGCUCCACUCAUCCUCGUCGUCUCUCCAACGCAAGUUGAGGCGCACAUGCUGAGCGUUGGAAGCUCUGAUGUCAAUCAUCUGCUCGCGCCCGACUCAACUCAUAAUCAGUUGGGCGGAACCACGGACGGCGAGGGCACCAGUGUCAAGAAUCUGCCGUUGGUCCAUCCUGUGCCACUCCGAGUACAGCCAGACUUCGGCUCAGUCAUCAAUCAUGCUGAGACAUCUGGAAACGAAGGAGGCGUUCCGCGUCUGGUUGUAAGCCCCUCUCUCACUGCAGCCGAUUUUCUGAGGAAUCAUCUGGCGGUAAGCAUGCUUGGGUAUGCCUUUGGAACGGGGCUUACCAGUGUCCACAUGUGUUACCUUCCAGAGAUCCCAAGGCGCCUGGAACAGAGCGUCGCUCUGCGCAACUCGGUGUAUUAUUUCUGUUUAGCAUUGCGCCAGUUCUAUACUGACAGCCUGCAAGAUGUCGAUGAGAGUUACGGGUACUUCCGAGCUUCUCAUGGCAUUCAAGAGGAGUUGGAGAUGGUGCUUCGCUUUGCCAAAUAUGGACUGGCUGAUAGGCUCGUGACCCCCGAGCUCUUGGCUGCCUUGACUUUGACCGAGCGAACCUUGAAGCUUUUCAAACAGGGGGGGAAAGCUCGAGAGUACGCUCGCUCGUGCAAGGACUUGAUUGCCGAGCUUUGGUUGGUGAGGGGACCACCUGACCUCAACGACCCCCUGGAUACGGCCGUCUCCAAUGAGAUCCACGGGCUUCUGAUUCGUGAAGGUUGCGAGGUGGAUAUCACCCGCAUCGCCCACGCCCCGUGGAACGAGGCGCUUGCACUAUGUGCUGUAGGAAGGCCUACAACCGCGGUCUCCUAUGACACGGAUAACCGUCCCUUCAUGAUGAACGACCAUAUCAAGCUCCACGGGUAUACCUCGAAGCUCGAGCCGCUGUUCGUCGACAUGAUGAAGAUUUCGACGGACUUUCGCAACACAAGGUCUCUUGCUCGCAAGGUUCGGUCGCGGCUGCAGUCGAUCAGAGACGACACGAUCUUCGCCAGCGUGUGCGCAAGUGGCAGGGGUGGAGAGGAUAUUGGGCAUGACUUGCGGCCGAUGGUGUAUUACUACGGCAAGAGCUUCUAUCUCAAGGCCGUCAUGCUGGCGCACAUAUUCCAGAAAAUGGUGAUGCACGAAUUUGUGCCCUUGCAGCUGGUGUACGAGAUGAGCUAUGUGAUUGGCAUAUCGCCCGCCAACUUCCUCCAAUGUUUUGACAAAGCCGAGCACGAGACUCCCGAAUAUGAGGUUUGGACUCGUAUUCCACAAGAGGUAGUUCACUUUGCAGAGAAGGCUGUCAGGCAUAUUGAGCCAAAGUGCCCCCAGCCCAUGCUGAUGCAGGCUAUGAAUCCCGCAGUCGACGACGACCCUUUCCCAGCACCUUACGACACUGUCGUGUGGUCUCCUGUCGAUGACAGAAACUUCUUGAACAUUCCAUUUUGUGAUCUGGCUAAGCUCCGGCUUUUCUCGUCCCUGCACAGCAGUCGCACGCUGUAA